AUGCCCCCAACAAUGUUUGCCAUCCAAGCCUUCAGCCUUUGCCUCGCCUUUCUUGCGUACUUCGGUGGCACUCUCGCCAGCACGAGCUGCGGUCUGCCGGAAAACGCGACCAGCAUCGAGGUCACGGCUCUAGUUGGGAAGAACGGUGUCUCUGCGCUCGAGUGCUGGAAGAUCCAUCCCGACUUCGCUAUCUCUCCACAGCCCGGGACAGUCGGAGCAAGGGUUCAGUCCAUCGGAAAUAUAUCAGGGGCAACCGUUGUGUUCUUUGACGAGAAGAACGUCACUUUCGCCGGCUUGCACCCAGCUCCUGCCCCUCAAUGGGUUGUAUUCAUUUCUGGAGGUGGAUAUGUGCAGCUCCCUGCAAACGGCGAGGUUCUUCCAAUCAAAACAGGCGACAUAACACUGUGGGCAUUGGCGCAUAUUUACCGAGUGAAUGUCGAGAAUAUAUCAUGA